AAACGGUGGCAUGAACAUUUUUCUCGUUAACUUUCCUUCUACUUUGUGUGUUAUUCUUCAGGAUCAGGGCUUGGGUUCAUCAUCUACCCCGAGGCUAUAGCCAAGCUGCCUUUUUCUCAACUCUGGGCAGUCCUGUUCUUCUUUACACUGCUUACUGUUGGGAUUGACUCCAUGUUUGGUACAGUAGAAUGUGUUAUCUCUGGUAUUCUAGAAGCAUUUCCAAGGGGUCUUCCACAAAAACGCGUGCUGAUCACACUGGGCGUGUGUCUGGUUAGCUUUCUGCUUACCAUUCCCUUUGUUACCGAGGGAGGAGUAUACCUCUUCCAGUUACUCGACUGGUACUCCUCUUCCUUUAAUACACUUCUGAUUGGCUGCCUCGAAUGUGUCGUCAUCUACUGGAUCUACGGUUCUGAGAAGUUCGGGAAAGAUAUACAAAUGAUGCUAGGCCGUCCUCCCCCAACUGUGCUGAGACUUCUGUCGUCAUAUGUUACCCCCGUCAUACUAUGUGCUGCUCUCAUCUUUUCCUUGUUUGGGUAUGAUCCUCCCAGCUAUGGCGAGUACCUGUAUCCAGAAAGUGCCAAAACAAUGGGAAUUCUUUUGGCAGUAAUGUUUUCUAUACCAAUACCUGUCAUGUUCAUGUACGAGUGUCUCAGGAAGAAAGGGAGUCUCAGUCAGCGUGUACGCCUGGCGAGCCAACCAACACCUGACUGGGGACCCUUGUAUGACCAGACUGACAUAGGCUUAACACUGUUAUCAUUGACAGCGACAGCGAGGGAAGCGGAGGCAGAAACACGAUGAAUGAAGAUAUCCUAACGGAUAUCAAUAUGUGUUCUGUUAAUCGUGCGUUUGGAUCCAAAAUUCAUCACCAUUAUGACCCGUGGAGUGGCAGCACCAUAUUCAUGCUCAUUGUAUAAGUAUCAUUGCUCUACAAGUCCAAUACCUGUGCUUGUAGACGCCACCAGUGUAUUUCCACCAACGGCUCUAAAUUUCACAACUUUUGAGCCACAAUGGAGCAUGCUCUUUCUACAAAGAUUUCAAAGAACAUCAGACAACUCUUGCUCAAAGCCUUCAGUAAAGUUUUAAAAAGUUGUUUUUUACUGACAUGCGGAGGACAAUUCUAAAUUUGGCGCAUCGGUGACAAAUAAUAUGUCCGGUGCAAUUCCCAAAGCAGCUUGUUCCUGUUUUUUUGGGGGGGGAUCAAUUGACUUCCUUUGCAUGAGUGUGUGACGGGUGCAGCCGCUCACCUUUCAUAAACCUACAGCCACUUUUGCCUAGUGUCAUGUAGGUAUCUUCCUCUCUCGUAAUAACCUCUUGGGAGGUUUUACUUUUUCCUAGUAAGACCUCACCCCGGGUAUGAGGUUUUGUCUAUUUCCUAGUAACACCUGGUAUGAGGUUUUGCUUUUUCCUUGUAAGACGUGAAGAGUUGAGUCAUUUGUAUUUGGUGUUUCAAACUCCCAGUGCCCAAGGUUUCAUUAUGAAUGACGGGAAUCGAACCUGCAAGCCUCCCAAAUUGUGUUUGGUUUGUAACUACUGUUUUUCCGCCGAGCCACCGGGGCAGGUAUUCAGCUUUACUUGUCAUGACUUCAGAUUGUGCUGCAUGAUGCACGUUGUCCUUCUCUCGCACGCUUUGAUCGAAUUCCCUUUAUAUCGCGACACACUGUAUUGUUUCACUAAACGGUAUCCCGAUGUUUUCUAAUAUUUGCUGGUAUUUCUUGCAUUUAGAUGGUUCAUACUUUGGAUAAAACACUCGGUUUUGGUACGCGGUUUUACACUUUCAACAAUUUCUCGUGUCGUACACAUGGACAUGCUUUACAAUUGCUUCGUUAUAACGCGCCAAUUGUAAAUUGGAUCUUUUGUUUUAAACUCUUAUGAAAUCUCCAUAUAGAUAUAAUGACACAACUUACUUUGGUGAACUAUAUUCACAAACACUGUACAGAGUGAAAACUUUAAAACAUAAAUCAAUGAGAGUGAACAUAUUGAUCAUUUAAUGAUUUGGGCUAUAAUAGGAAGUACAGACAGGACACAGUAUUCCACUGGUGCAAGUGCGCAGGUUUACAUCCAUUCCAAUUUUAAGAGCGGUCGGCACUUGGAUUUUGCCGGAUACAAGUUCAUGAUUAAGAUUAACUUCCAUCCAUUGGAAAUGUUCCCAAAGAGGAUGCCCAACCGCCAUUAAUACCGAUGAUGAUUUUGUCAAGCACAAUACUAUGUGCCUGAGCUGUGGGUCAACGCCAACAAAUCGUCUGUACAGACUCAGGUUGAGCAAGAUAACACUACGAUGCAAAUCCAGGUGGUUUGAUGCCACACAUAAAGAAGAAGUAUCGAAACCUAGCCCAUGCCCUUGAGCUGGAGAAGAGACAACUUCUUGGCAACCAGAAACCGGUGAACGAUUAUCACAAUGCUGUUUCACUUUUUGUUGGACUGUGUUUGUUUGUUUGUUGUUUAACGCCGCACACAGCAGUAUUCCAGCUUUAGGACGGCGGUCUGUAAAUAAUUGAA